AUGGAGACAAUCACCCAAGGAUAAUGCCAAUUGGGUGGAAUCACUUUACAUGAUUUCGUUUGUUUGUUAGCGAUUUUUAUAAAAUUAUACGCACAUGCACUAUUCCCACCACUAAUUCCCCAUCCAUCCUUCUUCUUCUUCUUCAAAAGUCAAUAACUUUUCGAUUCAUUUCAUUUCUAGGGUUCCAGUUUCUCCUCUAAUCGCACAACAAAUUGAUCAUCAAUGGAUGCAGCUCAGUAUAUACGAAGACACCACAGGCAUAAUCCCGGCCGUCAACAGUGCGCUUCUGCCGUCGUUAAACACAUCAAAGCUCCCGUUGAUAUCGUUUGGUCAUUAGUUAGGAGGUUUGAUCAACCUCAAAAGUACAAGCCAUUUGUUAGCAGAUGCACGAUGCGUGGGGGUCUUAACAUCGGGAGUGUUCGAGAGGUGGAUGUCAAGUCAGGGCUUCCAGCCACUACCAGCACAGAGAGGCUGGAGCUUCUUGAUGACACUGAGCAUAUUCUCGGCAUCAAAAUUGUUGGCGGUGACCAUAGGCUAAAGAACUAUUCGUCGAUCCUAACUGUCCAUCCAGAGGUAAUUGAAGGAAGAUCCGGGACGUUAGUCAUAGAGUCAUUUGUGGUGGACAUACCCAAUGGCAAUACUCAAGAUGAAACAUGUUACUUUGUGAAAGCCCUAAUUAACUGCAACCUUAAAUCUCUUUCUGAUAUCUCCGAAAGAAUGGCUGUUCAAACUCAGAUGUGAAAGGACGAAAGUGCCCUCGCCCCUCAUGGUCGUGCGAUUAUCAAUCAAACUUUCUUCUCUUCAUUUGGCUUGCUUUUAAGUUGAUAUGUAUAAUUUGGUGAUAGGCACUAGUAGUAGCAGCUCAUUGUUUGCAGGAUUGCUCAUAACUGCAAACAUUUGGUAGCGGUUUUAUAUAUAUUAUGGUUCUAAAUGUCACUAUGUGUUAGCUUCAUGUGUAAUUUUCUUAAUGAUAUAUAUAGUAUUGUCUAAAAAUAUUAGAUAUAAUGUUUUUUU